AUGGAAUCUGCAAUUCUCAGCCGCGGUUCACUUCGAAUUCCAACUGUGUUUCCGCAUUUGGUAAUAUGUAAUCGCCAACUAAAAUUCCCAUCAAAACUUCUCUCAGGAAUACCAUGUUACCCCUCCUUCAAUACGACGAAGUACCCGACGUCGUCGUACAUUCUCGGAAGCCCAAUCAAUUCCAGGUUACCCAAAAUAGGCAACGUAUUUGGUAAUGGGUUUAGCUCGAAGUGCACUAUUAUAGUUCAAAAACGCGAAACAGUGAAAGAAGAUUCAAAAUUGGGGAAUUUUGGGGUUUUGGUUAAGCGCGUGUUGGUAUUGUGUUUGAUGGGUUUGAAUGUAAUUCUAUGUAGAAGAGUGUUUGCAGCGGAGGGACUGGUGGCUGGUGGUGUUUAUGGGGUUUUGGGGAGGACUGUAGCGUAUUUGAAGAGUAUUUGGCCUAAUCUUUUGAAGGUUUUGUUUGUGUUUAAAGAGCAAGGUUUGGUAUUAUUUACGCUUUUGGGUCUGUCUGCUUUCUUUUCGAUGGCAGAGACUUCAAUUACUACGCUCUGGCCUUGGAAGGUUCGUGAGCUGGCUGAAAAAGAACCAGAGGGUGGUGUUUUUAGAAUGCUUCGUAAUGAUGUCACUCGUUUCCUCACGACAAUUCUUAUUGGCACAACUGUGGUCAAUAUUGGAGCUACUGCACUUGUCACCGAGGCUGCAACAACAAUUUUUGGCGAGGCUGGUGUUAGCGCAGCAACGGGUGUUAUGACGGUAUGUGUCAAAUAUUCAUUUUAUGAAUUUGUAGCUGGUGAACUGUUUCAGGUUGCUAUUUUACUCCUCACAGAAAUUACUCCAAAGAGUAUAGCUGUCCACCAUGCCACAGAGGUUGCUAGGUUUGUGGUCCGGCCGGUUGCAUGGCUUUCAUUGAUAUUGUAUCCCGUCGGAAGGGUUGUAACAUUUUUGUCGAUGGGAAUGCUUAAAAUGCUCGCCAACAAUUACCUGCAGGAUAUGAUUGAAAAUGUGCUGGAGAUAAAAGAUACAUAUGUUAAGGAGGUGAUGACCCCCCUUGUAGAUGUUGUUGCAAUUGAUGCUAGUGCAACUCUUAUUGAUUUUCACAGUUUUUGGGUGACUCACCAAUAUUCCAGGGUUCCAGUUUUUGAGCAGCGGGUUGAUAAUAUAGUGGGUAUUGCUUAUGCAAUGGAUCUACUGGAUUAUGUUCAAAAGGGAGAAGUACUGGAAAGUUCAACUGUGGGAGCUAUUGCACACAAGCCUGCAUAUUUUGUUCCCGAUUCUAUGUCGGUCUGGAAUCUUCUAAGAGAGUUCCGCAUCCGGAAGGUUCACAUGGCUGUGGUUCUUAAUGAAUAUGGAGGAACUGUGGGAAUAGUUACCCUUGAAGACGUUGUUGAGGAAAUUGUUGGUGAAAUUUUUGAUGAGAAUGACUCAAAGGAGGAAAUCCAAAAGAAAACUGGUUAUGUUGUAAUGCGAGCAGAAGGAGUAUACGAUGUUGAUGCAAAUACAUCAAUUGACCAACUAUCAGAAGAUUUGGAUAUCACUUUGCCAGAGUUCUCAUCACCAUCAUAUGCAAUAUCUGCCAUUCUUUGGUGCCUGAAUUUGUUUAUGGAUGCUAGAUGGCAUAGAUAUCCUUUUGGUGCAACAGGACAUCAAUAUGAGACAGUUUCAGGUUUUAUAUGUGAAGCAUUUGGGUAUAUUCCAAGGACAGGUGAGAGUAUUAAAGUAGUGCUUGAAAAGGCAAACCGAGAGGAGAACAAUAAUUAUGAUGAAGCAGAACCUGGCCACCAAGACCAGAAGGAUAAACAUCAAACUUUCAGGCUAGAGAUAUUGGCAGGAAAUUGUCGAAAGGUAAGUGCUCUCCGAUUUGAACGUGUAAACCAUGAUUCAACAACAGAGACCAAGCAGGUCACUCGCUUGGUCCCCAGAAUAUGGAAAAGAAAAUCGAGAGAGGAUGAAGAUUCAAGCCGAAGUGAUGAUGAGAAAAUUGUACCCGGAGAGACUGGACAAUAG